CAUGCGUACACAGUACGUGAAUAUUUGGACAGCGUUCUGGAGAUCAAAGAUGGCGGGCGCCUCCGACCCUCUGGAAGAUAUGCUCUUCUCCGAGGUGGACGAAAAAGCUGUAAGCGACUUAGUGGGUUCCCUGGAGUCGCAGCUUGUCGGCCAAAGCAAUCCAGCCGCUCCCCAUACUGAUACUAGGAGUGCUGGGUCUACAGGCGCUGCUAAUCACCACUUAGGAAGAGCGCUACCUGCCCAAGUGGGCACUACAUUAGAACAGCAACAACAAGGACAACAUAAAGCUGGGGUAAACCAGGAGCCCAACUCAAAAGAAAUUAGCAGCGAAAAGACACCGUGUUCGGUUAAUUCCAUUCAGCCUUUCGAAGAAGCCUCCAUCACUUCUGGGACCGGGGUGAACGUCAGUAGCGGCUUGCAAUCACAUGGAGCAUCUAAUAUCACAACACUGUCUGCAUCUGCUCUGGUAACUUUGCCACCUCCACUGGCCAGCCUAAACCCUGCCAACAGAGGUACUGCUCUGGGGUCAGCUGGGGCAACAGCCGUGACUACUGAGACUGAUCCUCUGAAAAAUCAUCUCACUCCAACGAUAAGGACUGCUCACACGGGAAUGCAGAGUUUGAACGGCAACGGCGGAGCGGUAACGUUAGUGAGCACUCCUGCAAACACUGCUGUCACUGCCAGUGUUGCGUCUUUUCCGCGCGGAGCCGGAGCGGCGCCUUUGGCGAACAGCGCGAGCCCGGCGGCCAGUUCGAGUCUGACAGCAGCGCCAAACACGACCACGGCACCCGAUGCCUCCGCAUCGCAGAGCGCCGUUACGCUGGCUGGCCGGGGGACACCCACCAUUGCCCUGCAGAGGCUGCCCAGUCACAUCAUGGCCAGCAUCGCUCAGAAUGGAAAUGGCACGACAGUUUCGGCCCUGGUCCAGCAGAGCCCGCGGACAGUGCCACCCGCCGCCGUCACGGAGGUAGUUAACGACGGCAAGAGCGCAGAAGCCGGCGAGAACAAGUCGGACACUACAGAACAGUCAAAAAUGAUCAUGCCGAGCCCGCCCGUCGUGGUCAAUUCAUCUGUGAACACAGUAGUGUCUCCUGUUCCCGCUGUUAACCCCACGACCAGCCACCAGCAGAGUCCCGUGGCCAACUCGGUGCCGGCGGUCAGUAGUCCGGCAACUCUAACGGCUGUGGGCAAACCAACGCUAAAUAUAGCGGCGCAACCGGCUGCUACUACGGUAGGAAUGAUAAGGCCUGGGACCCCUGCUCCGUCGCCCGCCAUGGCCACCCCGACACAGCCCCAGCAACUUCGCGCCGCUCAAAGGAUCGUCGCGCCGCAGUUGAUCGUCCGACACCCCCAGCAGCCCACCACCAUUCAGCUGCCGCCGGGUUUCACAAUCCCCCAAGGCAUGGUGUUGGUGCGUACUGAGAUGGGGCAGCUGGUGAUGGUUCCUCAGCAGGCUCUGGCUCAAGCUCAGGCCCAGGCCCAGGCCCAGGCCCAGGCUCAGGCUCAGGCUCAGGCUCAAGCCCAAGCUCAGGGUCAGGCUCACAACAGUAUCUCUCCUCGACCUGUGACCCCCACGACUGCAACGACCUUCAGAGUGGCCACCACACAGAAGGCGACCGUGACUGCUGGCCCUUCGGCGGCCACCGUGACCGUGACGACUCCGCAGCAGCCCACCACCGUCAUUGCAGGAGGGCAGACCGUUGCGCAGGCCCAGCCGCAGCCUGCCGUGCAGCCGGCACCACCUGCGCAGACUGGCUCCCUGGCUGUCCCUGAGAUGCAGGAAAAUGUGAAGAAGUGCAAGAACUUCCUGGCCACACUGAUCAAGCUGGCAUCCCACAACUCGCCGUCUCCGGAAACCUCCCGGAAUGUCAAAGCGCUGGUCCAGGAUCUUCUGGACGCCAAGAUUGAACCUGAGGAGUUCACUAGCCGACUGCAGUCUGAACUGAAGUCGUCCCCCCAGCCCUACCUGGUGCCCUUCCUCAAGAAAAGCCUCCCGGCCCUGAGGCUCUCGCUCCUUAACAGCCAGCAGUCGCUGACGCAGCCCCCGCAGGUGAAGCCCGGUGUGGGGGGGGUGCCCGUCCCUGGCUUCAAGAGAGCUGUAGCACCUGGAAGUCAGGUCCGGAUGCCCAUGGUGGUCACGCAGGCACAGGUCCGAGCUCCAGGUGUAGUUGGGAAGGGACCAGUAAUACCAGCAAGCAAGAGUCCCGUGGGCUUCUCCGCUCAGGUCUCGGCAAAUCUAAAAAACAAGCUCAACGAUCCCGGAGGCGGUUCUUUCAGGGACGACGAUGACAUCAACGACGUGGCGUCCAUGGCCGGGGUGAACCUGAGCGAGGAGAGCGCUCGUAUCCUGGCCACAAACUCGGAGCUGGUGGGCACGCAGAUCCGAUCCUGCAAGGACGAGGCCUUCCUGCCGACGGGGACGCUGCACCGGCGCAUCCUGGAGACGGAAUGGUACGAGCAGUCCACAGACGUGCGGUCACAGCUCAAGUUCUUCGAGCAGCUGGAGCGGAUAGAGAAGCAGCGGAAGGACGAGCAGGAGAGGGAGAUCCUACUGAAAGCCGCCAAAAGUCGCUCGAGGCAGGAGGACCCGGAGCAGGCUCGACUGAAGCAGAGAGCUAAGGAGAUGCAGCAGCAGGAGCUGGCACAGAUGAGGCAGCGUGACGCCAACUUGACAGCGCUGGCUGCGAUCGGGCCACGCAAGAAACGCAAGCUGGACUCUCCGGGGGCUGCGUCGUCCGGGACCGAGGUCUCAGGCUGCUCCACGGGCUCCCCGGCCGGCUUCUCCGCCCCCGCCGCCUCCUCGCGCCAGCACUCCCGCCAGCGCAUCACCCGCGUCAACCUCAGGGACUUAAUCUUCUACAUGGAGCAGGAGCGGGAGACGGCGCGCUCUCUGCUCCUCUACCGCGCCCUGCUCAAGUAGCCUUCCCAGCCCGGCCUGGCCCAGCCUCCCUCUCUCUCCCCAUCUCUCCUGGAACGUGCCUUUGAUAGCGUUUCGCAGCUUCGUCUCAGUGUCUGUCAUAUCCUUAAUAUUGCUUUAAAAAGGAAAAAAAAAAAUCCAGACGUGAUCGUGUCUCUCCACUGUUUUAGCUCCAAGCAAACACAAAAAACAAUAAUAAAUGCUAGUGUGUAGAGCUGGGGUGAGCAAUCUUAUCCAGAAAGGACCAGUGUGUAUGCGGGUUUUCGCUGCAACUCCUUAGUUAGAUUACUAAUUAGAGGACUGAUUGGCUGAAGAGUCCUCACACCUGGGUUUGAACAGCUGUCCUACAGGUUAUCCCAAAAAGCUGCACACAUACUGGCCCUUUGUGGAUAAGAUUGCCCCCCCCCCUCCCAGUGUAGAGUGUUAAAGGAGGUCAUGCAGAGUCUAGGGUUGAUUCAGAAUGGGCUGCCUGCGUAUGCUGGAUACAGAGCUCACUCGCAUUGUCAUGGUUACCCACAUCAGCCCAGUGAGAAUCUUACAUAGCAAAAUCAUCCCAAGGUGAAAAGUAACUUUUUUUGACGCAACAUAUCGAAAAAUUAUACUGCAGCCUAUAAUUUAUGAUAUAGCGCAGGCUUGUACUUCAGGAUGGGAACAGAAUAUUAUUUGACCUUGUGACCUAAUUAUAAUUAUGCAUCUUCAGAACAAAACUUUACCAGGGAUAAAAGCAUAACUUGAUAGCUAAAUAUUAAAUGUAUAUAUUAAGUCCAUUGAUUUCAGAUGUGCAUGUAUGAUAUUUUACCACCUAGUUAAUAUUUUAGCAUCGCUGUGUUUUUUGGAAAUGUGUGUGCAUAUUAGUUACCAUGUUCUGUGAAAUCACGUAUCGUCUGUCAGGUCGGAAAGCGCUUCGUCUUCCAGCGUGGUUCCGUUUCUACAGAAGUCCGGCCUCCGCAGACUCUCCAGGGUCAAAGCUGCAUGACCGUGUCCAUCGUGGGGGUUGAAGCCUCAUCCCGUUAAGCGGCUCACAGGAAAGCGAAGCUUCUUACAGGCAAUUUAAUGUUGUCAGUUGCUGGUUUUUAAAGUUAUUUAUCGCUAUAUAUUUUUUAAGAAUUCUAUUAUCGUGUAGGGACUUUAAGCAUGAUAUUCAGAAACCAGGCAUCAAGACCCUGGACCUUGAAAUGGGAAUGACCAGAGUCGUGAUUGUCACACUUACACUAACCAUCAGCAGUCUGAAUGGGAGCUUGGAACAGCGUUCGAGGGAAAUUAGGUCAAUCGCACCAAUUAGGCUUUCACCAGAGUUAAUUGUAAUCCCAGCCGAGGUUAGCCGACGUCUAGGGAGUUUGCCCCCGACUGGUUGACGAGCAAGUGAAUCUCGUGUUGGGGCUUCCACGAGGUACGGCGUGUAGACAGCGUGCCAGUCAGCAGUAGGCGCACUCUGUGUUCGUUGUACAUGCCACCCACACAGCCCUCAUUUGCUUGGCUUUUCGUCGUCCAUUUGAAGCCUCUUAACGUCUAUGCAGCAGCUGUCCCGCUGAGUAGUGUUGUCCUGUGAUUUAUUCCUCAGCAUUUCCAGGUGGUUGUAGAAAUUAACAUGCAUUGAAUUAUUAUUAUUAUUAUUAUUUUAUUUUAUUUUAAAUUAGCGCCAUCCCUAAGUUUUCAAAUGUGUUUUCCGAUUAAAAAGAGGAACUGGCUGUGUUACUGAUGUGCAUCGAGAAACCUGCCUCUUUACUCUGAGGGUUCAGCAGUAUUGUCUAUACCUGUCAAAGGGAAGGUGGUUUGUAACUAUUUAUAUAUUACCAUUUGUUUUCCUCAUUUGCACCGUGCAGUUUUAUCUUGGUAAAUUAACUUUGGUGGGGGAAAGACAAAAACAAGUAAUGAAAUAAAUAAAAGAAAGCAGAAUGAUUUAAAAGAAGCACAAAUAGACUUAUUUGUCCAACGGUUUAAAGACGAUACCUUUAAUAAUUAUUUUUAUGGUUUCUGAUAAAUAAGCCAGAAGAAAUUUCUACUCCAUCAAACUUUUUAGCCAAAAAAAAUUAAUAGGAAGGUUUUACUGACACCCAGGUGGAAAAUUAAGUUUUAAUGUGUGGGUAAUUUGUAUAUACUGUUUACAAAAACCAUGUGUUUAUUAGAACUAUGUUAUUUUUGGUAAACUCUGUACAUAUUCUAAAAUUUUCCUGUUUGUGUGAAAAGCAUACUUCUGUAUUUGUACCUAUUUUGUAAAGGAAUAAAGAUGCUGUUUACUAAA